AUUACACGUGAUCAGAGGAACGUAUUCAUUCUUGUACCGACUCCUGAGCCGUUUUCAGCCCGGAUAACCCGGCGCAGACCCAGACCGGGUGGAUGACAGGAUGAGUCCCGGCGUGGUGCUGCUGGUUCUUGUCCCAGUCUUCUGCUGCCUGCUGUCCGGGAACUGCCUCCCGGCGACUCUGAGGGGACAUGGAGACACCAUCCUGGGUUCGGAGAGAUUUAACCACGUGACCAACUUCAGCACCUUCCAGCUGGACCGAUCAUCGGGGGUGCUGUUCCUCGGCGCCAGGGAUGCCAUACUAGCUGUAGACACCAAAAACCUGGAGCAGCAACCUAAAGAGAUUAUCUGGGAUGUGCCGGAGGAGAAAAGGAAUUCUUGUCUGGCGAAGGGAAAGACAGAGGAGGAUUGCAGAAACUACAUCCGUCUGCUGGAAUUCCUCGACGAUGGCCGGCUCUAUGUGUGUGGCACCUACGCCUUCGACCCCCAGUGUGCCUUCCUGGAACCCACCUCGUUCACACUGGAGAAAAACGAGGAUGGAAAGGUGAAGAUGGAGACGGGGAAGACAAAGUGCCCCUUUGAGCCCAGUCAACAUUACACAGCAGUUAUGGCAGAUGGUGUUCUGUACACAGCAGCCACCAGUAACUUCCUAGGAACGCUGUUCGACAUCUCCAGGGCAAUGGGACCGGAGCAGGAACGGAUCAGAACUGAGCAAUCCAUCAACUGGCUCAGUGACCCAAAGUUUGUCAGCUCUGCCUUCAUAAAGCAACCGGCUGACAGCAACCCAGCAGGAGACGACGACAAGAUCUACUUUUUCUUCACGGAGACGGCCAAAGAGUACGACAUGUACACCAAAGUCAAAGUGCCAAGAGUGGCUCGGGUCUGCAAGUCUGACGUGGGAGGGAUGAAGACCCUGCAGCGACGUUGGACCACGUUUCUCAAAGCCCAGCUGGUGUGCGAGGACAGACCCAGCAGUCAGCGCUACAACGUCCUGAUAGACGUCUUCACUACUCAGCACUCUCCUGGAGACCCCAGCAGCACGCUCUUCUACGGACUCUUCACCUCCCAGUGGGAGCCUGAGGAUGUGUCAGCUGUGUGUGUUUUCAGUCUGUCUGACAUCGGCAAAGUGAUGGACGGUCCUUUCAAAGAGCUGAAGAAACCUUACGACAACUGGAUCAAUCCUGAUCCAGUUCCGAAUCCAAGACCUGGACAGUGUUUGAACAACGAGCUAAAGGCUGAAGGAUUUGAGUCGUCCCUGAAGCUCCCUGACAAGGUGCUGACGUUUGUGAGAGACCACCCCCUGAUGGAGAACAGCGUCACUGCGGCCCCCCUGUUGGUCCGGAGGGGAAUCAAAUACACCAAGCUGGCUGUGAAGCUGACAGGAAGUGCGGAGGAGCGCCAAGCAGCAUUGCUGCAUCUUGGAACAGACCGUGGGGAGCUCCACCAGGUGGCAGUAGUGGGCCUGAAUGCCACUUUACUCCAAGAGAUUCCUCUGUUUUCUCCACAGGAGCCUGUUAAUAAUAUAAUCCUGCAUCAGGGUGCGGCGCUGGUGGGAAGCCCUCUGUCUGUGGCUCGGGUCCAGACUGAAGGCUGCGCUCUGUAUCGCAGCUGUGAGGUCUGUGCCAGAGCCCGAGGACUGGGCUGUGUGUGGAGCUCAGAGGAAAACACCUGCCAGUCAACACAAGAAAACCCCGGUCCUGGUGAUAUUGUGGAUAAUGCCUUAAAAAAGUGUCAAACACAUGAGAGCCGUUGCCACCCAGCUAUAAGGGAGCUGAAAGUGGCCGUGGGACUACGCAUCCUGCUGCCAUGUGUCCAGCUGUCCCCCCGGCCCUGCAGCUGGGACCACCCCCCACACAGACACACCAGGCAGCACAACUCCGACUUAGAGGUGACCGUCUCAGAGGACAGCCUGGGGACAUACAUCUGCACAUGCCAGGAGGGAGGACCUAACGUGAGAGACCCCACCCCCUGCCGUCAAGCAGCCUACCAUCUGACACGCGAGGACCCCAGUGCCGAAGGAUGGGUGGGACCGACAAAAGGCCGCCACGUUUUAGCGGUCUACAUCAUUUCCUUCUUCAUGGGCCUCAUAAUCGGUGUCACGCUUUUCUACUUUGUGAACAAGAGGAAUCAAGGUGCACAACGGCCCAAAGCUUCGUCAGAGAAAGGGCGGGAGUUACUGGGCUCCUCGGCCACGCCCCAGUCCCCCAGCAGCGCCAGCCUGAUGUCCGAGGGGUUUAAGAUGACGGAAAAACGGAACGGGACAACUUCCACAACGACAACAACAACACUCCUCAGUAAUCACGGCAACGGUAGUCACAAUGGAAACAGCUACAGCAGCAGCCUGAAUAACAGUAACCCCAGCAAUGGACUAUAUAAUUGCAACAUAAGUGGCAGCGGUUUGAAGCUCAGCUCCGAAAUAUUAGCACCAGACAGACUGGACGGAAGGACGAGGAUGGGAGUGAGGCCGGAAGUCAGGGAGGGGGAGUCGGGGGAGGGGGAUGAGAUAGAUAAGGGGUUGGAAGAUGGGUUAGGGGAAGGGUUGGACAGACUCGAGGACUACAACCACUUUCCGUUGUUUAGGUCUUCAGCACCGCUGGCUAAGUGUGAAGAAAGCUCGAUAUGAAAACAUUUUGCAGCAUCCAAAAGAACUGAGAACCAGUGGGGAUGAGUGCAAACCAAGGUACUGCCAAACGCCGGAGUUUGGGAGAUGUGGCAUUAAGAGAUUUAUGACAAGACAAGUUUAUGUCAAAGCAUGUUAAAAAAGAAGCUUUUUAUGUUCGAUGAGACGUACACGACACAAAUCAUAACUGUGUGUGAUAAGACCACUUAUUGUUAGUCACUCAGGAGAGCCACGGUUUAAAAAGGCUUUGGAUGUAAAUAUAAAAUCUAAAUAUAAACAGUCAACUAAACUGUGAAGACAAGAAAUCAAAGAUGAAGAGUCUACAUGUGUAGACGUGGAAAAGCCAUAUUUUGUUGUCGCGCUUUCUCUCGUUCACUUUUCCCGAAGGAAUUGCAAAGGAAAAGUGCACUUUUGUUUCAGCAUCUUCCUCCUCAAUCCAUAUCUGUGACCCACCUGCUUCAUGUCACAAACCUGGGUUUUAUCCACCAAAGGACUGGUUCGCCAUCAGUAGCGCCGCUCUGCUCGCCAGAGUUAAAUAUGGAGAGAUGUCUAAAAAAAUCAUCAAGUCACUGAAACCUUCAGGAGGUCAAGACAGGGCUGUUCCUGCAGCCGUCCUCAAGAGGCUCAAAGAGUCAAGAACAAUGAUCAGCGUUGUUACUGAGACAGAACAGUCAGACAUUACUCAAAUGAUUUCAGUCUCAGAGAAUGGACCUUGAAGCCACUUUCACCUCAUUUUUUGAGUGGAUUUGAACAUAAAUGUAUUGUUUGUUUGUUAUUUUGGUCAUGUUGUAUAAUAAAACAACUAAAAGUUC